GCGCGCCUGCUGACAUGCCCGGGGCAUCCUGGGCCGGGCCGGGCCGGGGCUAGGAGCGGCGCCAGGGCUGGGGGCGGGUCGCGGUCCGUCCCUGCGUCCCUCCGUCCCGUCCUGUCCGGCCGGGGGGCCUGCGUUCCGCACUCGGCCGCCUCGGGGCAGCAGCGAGGGAAGCGGCGGGAGGGUCGGGGGACGAGGAGCAUCCGCCCGAGGCUGGAGGAGGCUGACCCGCGUCCCCGCCCAGCCCGCGCCUAUGCGGUACUUGAAGGAUGGCGAAGAGGUCGCGCAGUGAGGAUGAGGAUGAUGACCUUCAGUAUGCCGAUCAUGAUUAUGAAGUACCACAACAGAAAGGAUUGAAAAAACUCUGGAAUAGAGUAAAGUGGACAAGAGAUGAGGAUGAUAAAUUAAAGAAGUUGGUUGAACAACAUGGAACUGAUGAUUGGACUCUAAUUGCUAGUCAUCUUCAGAAUCGUUCUGACUUUCAGUGCCAACAUCGAUGGCAGAAGGUUUUAAAUCCGGAAUUGAUUAAGGGUCCUUGGACUAAAGAAGAAGAUCAGAGGGUUAUUGAAUUGGUUCAGAAAUAUGGACCAAAAAGAUGGUCUUUAAUUGCAAAACAUUUAAAAGGAAGAAUAGGCAAACAGUGUAGAGAACGAUGGCAUAAUCAUCUGAACCCUGAGGUAAAGAAAUCUUCCUGGACAGAAGAAGAAGACAGGAUCAUCUAUGAAGCACAUAAGCGGUUGGGAAAUCGUUGGGCUGAAAUUGCCAAACUGCUUCCUGGAAGGACUGAUAAUUCUAUCAAAAAUCAUUGGAAUUCUACUAUGCGAAGAAAAGUGGAACAGGAAGGCUACCUACAAGAUGGAAUAAAAUCAGAACGAUCUUCAUCAAAACUUCAACACAAACCUUGUGCGACUAUGGACCAUUUGCAAACCCAGAAUCAGUUUUACAUACCUGUUCAGAUCCCUGGUUAUCAGUAUGUACCACCUGAAGGCAAUUGUGUAGAACAUGUUCAGACUUCUUCUGCCUUUAUUCAGCAACCCUUUGUUGAUGAAGAUCCUGAUAAGGAAAAGAAAAUAAAGGAACUGGAGUUACUUCUUAUGUCAGCAGAGAAUGAAGUUAGAAGAAAGCGACUUCCUUCUCAACCUGGAAACUUUUCUAGCUGGUCUGGUAGUUUCCUGAUGGAUGAUAGCAUGGCCAAUACUCUAAAUAGUCUUGAGGAGCAUGCUACUGAGUUUUAUGGUAUUGAUGAAAACCAGACUGUUUCUGCACAGCAGAAUUCACCUACCAAGUUCUUGGCUGUAGAGGCAAAUGCUGUGCUGUCUUCUCUACAGACCAUCCCAGAAUUUGCAGAGACUCUGGAACUUAUUGAAUCUGAUCCUGUAGCAUGGAGUGAUGUCACCAGUUUUGAUCUUUCCGAUGCUGCUGCUUCUCCUGUCAAGUCCACCCCAGUUAAACUAAUGCGAAUUCAACACAAUGAAGGAGCCAUGGAAUGUCAAUUUAAUGUCAGUCUUGUACUUGAAGGGAAAAAGAACAAUUGUAAUGGUGGAAACAGUGAGACUGUUCCUUUGCCAUCCCCAAAUGUGGUCAAGUUUAGCACUCCACCAACCAUCCUCAGAAAGAAGAGAAGAAUGCGAGUGAGUCAGUCCUUAGGCAAUGAACUGGGUGAUAGCUCAUUCAAUGAUGGUGGUAAUACAGCACUAAAACAUACACCAGUAAAAACACUACCAUUUUCUCCUUCACAGUUUUUUAACACGUGUCCUGAAAACGAACAACUUAAUAUGGAAAAUCCUUCCUUUACAUCAACCCCUGUUUGUGGGCAAAAAGUUUUCAUUACAACCCCUCUUCAGAAGGAAACAACUCCCAAAGAUCAAAAGGAAAAUGUAGGGUUUAGAACACCUACUAUUAGAAGAUCUUUAUUGGGUACCACACCAAGAACUCCAACCCCUUUUAAGAAUGCACUUGCUGCUCAAGAGAAAAAAUAUGGACCUCUUAAAAUUGUGUCCCAGCCGCUUGCCUUCUUAGAAGAAGAUAUUCGAGAAGUUUUAAAAGAAGAAACUGGAACAGAUAUAUUUCUCAAAGAGGAAGAUGAGCCUUCUUAUAAAAGCUGCAAACAAGAGCAGAGUACUUCUGGGAAGAAAGUCAGAAAGUCUCUCGUCUUAGAUAAUUGGGAAAAGGAAGAACCAGACACUCAACUAUUGUCUGAAGACAUUUCAGACAUACAGUCAGAAAACAUAUUUACAACAUCUUUAUUAAUGAUACCAUUACUGGAAAUACAUGACAAUAGGUGCAACUUGACUCUUGAAAAACAAGAUAUAAAUUCAGCCAACAAAACAUACACACUUACUAAAAAGAAACCAAACCCUAACACUUCUAAAGUUGUCAAAUUGGAAAAGAAUCUUCAGUCAAAUUGUGAGUGGGAAACAGUGGUUUAUGGGAAGACAGAAGAUCAACUUAUAAUGACUGAACAAGCAAGAAGAUACCUGAGUACUUACACAGCUACUAGCAGCACUUCAAGAGCUCUAAUACUGUAAUUGUUAUUAAAAGUGAUGUAAUUCCCCACUCCCUUACUGUAUUUUAUACCAAAUUAAGUGCAGUGAGAUUUUUCUCAAUUAAUUCUUUUUAGAAUUUUAAAAUACAUCCCUAAAACAGUUUGCUUAUUUUUCUAUAUUGGGUAGGUGAAAAGCUAAUAGGUCACUUAAGUAAGGGGUGGGUGAUUUCAUUGUUCCUUUUUUUUAAAAAAAUAUUUUGGAAAAUCAUUUUAAAGAAUAAAAUAGGGAAGUAAGAAUGUUUACAGAUAACUCCAAAAGGAUUUUUUUCUUCAAAAGGUAUAUGUUGCUACCCUCUUGAGGCUGCAGUUUUGUUAUAGACAGGUAUGUGAAUACCUGUUUUCUAUGAAAUUAGUUCAUGCAUGGGAAGCACAUGUGGUUUUAUGAAGUACUUUUACCCACGUGCUGAAGCACUUAGGCUACCAUUAUUAAAAAAAAAAAAACACAGUGGAAAGGAAUCUAAAGGAAGAUUUAAAGAAAGUUGCACUACUAAGUUUCGGUAUUUUUCAGAAACAAUAAAAUUAACUACAGUGUUAAUGUAUUUAUUUGAGCAUAGUACUAAAAAAGCAUUGAAAAUGAGUUUUUUUUUCCUUUUUAGUGAAGAGUCAGUAUUUUCUUCAUAUCUCAGAAGAGCUGAGAGUUUUGUUGAAUGUAUUGUACAGUAUGUAGGAGCAGGAAAACCUUGUAAAUUGGAAGGAAGUCUUUUUAUAAUUUAUUUUAACUUUUAAAGCUUAAAUGUAGAUAUUUAUAUGUAUACAGGGUGUCUAGAAGCCAUGUUGUUUCCUGUUAUUACAAGUAACAUAAUAAAAAACAUUUUUGAUGUUUAAGUAUGAAACAGUGAAGUUAUAGCUGCAAAUAAUACAAUAUACUGUGUGUCACAUCUACCUAAAUAUUGCACUAUGCCCUUUAAAUCAUGUUGGUUAUAAAGUAGUUCUAAAAAUGUACUAAAUAAUAAUUUAAUAUUUUGUUUUUAAAUUAUAUUGAGGGGGUCUUAUAAAUUAAUCUGGUGAUUUGUAUAUGUGUUUGAAAUUUUUACAUUUUGUUUUAAAAAUAAUAUGGUACCUUGGUCCCUUAAAACAGUCUGCACUUAGAAGUUUAUGAUAUUUUCUCAAUGUUUCAGAAGUAGAGAACAUUAUCUUUUAUUUAUACAAAUGUUUUGUCCUUUUAUAAAUGUUUUACGUUUCUCUACAGGUUACAACAGUUGCUUCAGUUGCCCGUUUAGGUGUUUGCACUUAUUUUAUUUCUUCUUGAAAGAAUGUCUUUAUUUGCUUUUGUGGUAGAGAUUUUAUGUAAUUUUUUUGAGACUUAUAAUGGUGUGCUGUCAACUUAAACACUGACAGGUAAAUAGAAUUGUACACUGUAGUUUGAAUUAUUUAUAAUUGACACACUCUCUCCUCUCCACUCCUAAAGUAUGCUGCUAUAGAAAAUAGCAGAAUCGGCUUGCUGCUAUGAGAGAUGGAAAGAGCGAACCACCACUUGCACUGUGUGAAAAGAUAAAAAGCAAAUGAUGGCAAGUUCUCAAGUUAACUUAAUGGAAUCAACCAUUACCAGGCAAAUUCUUACAAGACCAAAAUACUACUAUGCCUUAAAAACAAAAUAAAACAGCUUAAGAUUU